GCCCCGCCCGCCCGCCGGCUCCGUCCGUCGCCGGCUGGAACUCGAGUACAAAACGGAGCCAGAAACAAGGACAGACAAGGAGACCAGAGCAGAGCUGGAUAGGAGUUGGGAUCUGAAGGAGGGGGGAACGGAGGUGGUUUCUCGGCCAGAUCCGAUCCGAGGGAGGAAGGUUUCCUUCGGCGGCCACUCUCUCCAAUCAGGCGGCAACGGGGAGAUUCAGCGCAGGUCGGCUCAUGGCCUCACCAACAACGGGUAAAAGAAAGGGAUCCACCUGUGGGGAACAAGGCGGCGGCGAUGCCGAUUCUCAGUCUGGCAAAGCAACGCGGAUCUCAAUCCCAGACCUUCCCGAGGACAUAUUGUUUCGCAUACAUUCCCUACUGCCAAUGCGUGAAGCUGCUCGUACUGCUUGCAUAUCUCCCACCUUUUUCCAUUCCUGGAGAUGUCAUUCCAAUCUCAUCUUCACUAAGGAUACGAUUGGCUUGAAGAGAAGUGCGUGUGGAGAAUAUUUUGGCGACAAGAUUGACCGCAUUCUCAGGAACCACUCUGGCUGCUUGAAAACAUUCAACAUUGACUACUAUGGCACGCACGGGUUCACCGGCACUAGUUAUUUUGACCGUUGGCUUCAGAUUGCUCUUAAAGCAGGGAUUGAAGAACUCACCCUCGUGCUGUCUGAAGCAAAGCAAAAGUACAACUUCCCAUGCUCGCUUUUAUCUGACGGGGUUCGAAACUCACUUCGGUACCUUAGGCUCCAAUUUUGUGCCCUCCAUCCCACAGUUGAACUGGGCCCCUUGAGAAGCCUGAAAAGCCUGUAUCUGUGGCGUGUGAGCAUUACAUGGAAUGAGUUGGAGUGCCUUAUUUUCAACUCUCUUACUUUGGAGCUACUGGAUCUUAUUAGUUGCCCUCAGAUUGAAUGCCUGAAGCUACCUUGUGCUCUGCAGCGGCUCAGCGCGCUUAGUGUUUUAGCAUGCGAGAGACUGAAAGUGAUAGAGAGCAAGGCUCCAAAUCUCUCCAGUUUAUACCUUUGCGGAAAUUGGUUAGACUUCUCACUUGUGGAAACAUUGCCAAUAAAGGAACUAGAAUUGCAACAAACAAACCUUAUCUGGGAUGCUCGUGCCAAGCUGCCAUCCCUUAUGCCAAAUAUUGAAACUCUUGCCAUACAAUCAUCGAGAGAGGUGGUUGAUGCACCAAUGCUGCCUACCAAAUUCCUCCACCUUAAGCACCUGACCAUCACUGUGAGAUCAGGAGCAAUUGUUUUCCGAGCAUGUGACUACUUUUCUCUGGUUUCUUUCCUCGAUGCUUCUCCUUCCUUGGAGACUUUGAUAUUAGAUGUGACUCAGCGGCGUAUGGUGCAUGAAUCAAUUUUUGCGGAUUCACAACUGAGGCACAUGCCUGAACACCGCCAUGGUCACCUCAAGAACGUCAAGAUUAGCGGUUUCAACUCUGCGAAGUGCGUGGUUGAACUAACAUGUUAUAUUCUCAAGAACGCGGUGUCACUUGAGUGUCUUACAUUGGACACCAUAUAUGGGAGUAGGUGUGAUGAUCAAGGCGAGGACAACAGGUGUACUCCCAUGACGGAUGGCAUUCUCAUGGAAAUUCCUGGCACUCUUGGCUAUCAAAACACACAUUGAGAAUAAAGUUCCACCUACAGUUCACUUAGGCUGGUCAUAGUGGGGAGUAACUUAGACUAGUAACAUACAUAUGUUACUAGUCUAUGUUACUACCUUUAUAGUGGGUAGUGUCAUAGGUGUGGUAACAUAGUUGCCUUCAUUUAUUACUUUGUAGACUCAUUAUGCAUUGGAAACCGCUAUGUGAUGGUAACAUAUUAUGUUACUCUAUUUGCCUCUCUCCUCAUUAACUACUUGCCACAUCAUCAUUUUUGCUUAUGUGGCAUCUAUGUUACUACCUAUGUUACUCCCACUAUGACCAGCCUUAACUGUUCUGAGCCUUGCAGCAAAUGCCAUGCUAAUGGACUAGAGCGGGUAUUAUCGCAGUCGUGACAUGGUGUCAUUUACAUUUAGUUCUAAAUGAGCCAUGUUUUGUAUCUUGUACUAUUUAUGUGUGACCCUACUGUACAACAAAAUUUUAAUUAAAUCUUGGAUGGACAUUUUUUUUUUUUC